AGUUAGUGUCGGUAAUUAGGAAAGGGGGAGUAAACAAGACGCAACUUACCACUUUUUAGAGAGUUGGUAAGAAUCAAGAAACUACUACUACUAGUAAUGACAUUUCUAGAGUUUAUUCCAAAUAAGGAACAAAAGUAUAUACACUUCCCUCUCAACUUCAAGUAUAUACACAAUUUGAAUUAAAUCCGGAAGGAACAAGUAAUUAGUAAUGAAUGGAGGAUUAGUAUUACCAUUAUUAUUAUUAUUAUUAUUAUCAUUAAUGGUAGAAAAUGGGGAAGCGGCAGUAGGAGUGAACUGGGGAACAUUAUCACAACACAGAUUAUCCCCUAAAACAGUUGUGGAUCUAUUGAAACUUAACAAGAUCUCUAAAGUUAAGAUUUUUGAUACAGACCCAGAAGUUCUUUAUGCUUUAAGAGGUACCCAAAUUCAAGUUAUGAUUGGUAUUCCCAAUGAAUUUCUUUCUAUUAUUAGCUCUUCUGCUGCUGCUGCUGAUUCCUGGGUUCAUCAUAAUCUUUCUUCUUAUGUCUCUGCCAGCCCUUCUGUUGAUAUCAGGUAUAUCGCCGUGGGAAAUGAGCCUUUUUUGACCAGUUACUUGGGCCAAUUUCAGUCGUAUGUUGUACCAGCCCUGCUCAACUUGCAGCAGUCACUGGUCAAAGCAAAUCUCGGCAGCUCUGUCAAGCUAGUGGUGCCUUGUAAUGCUGAUGCCUAUGAGUCAUCUGUCCCAUCUCAAGGAGCCUUUCGUUCGGAACUCACACAGAUUAUGACCCAACUCGUUUCAUUCCUCAAUUCCAAUGGUUCACCUUUCGUUGUCAACAUUUACCCCUUUCUGAGCCUCUACGGAAAUUCAGAUUUCCCCCAGGAGUACGCAUUUUUCGCAGGGACAAACCAUCCUGUACUUGAUGGACCAAAUGUCUACUACAACGCCUUUGAUGGAAACUAUGACACGUUAGUAGCAGCUCUUAACAAACUUGGGUAUGGUCAGCUUCCCAUUGUCAUCGGAGAGGUAGGUUGGCCUACCGACGGAGCCCUUGGAGCAAAUCUUACGGCUGCCAGGGCUUUCAACCAGGGCCUAAUAAAUCAUGUCCUUAGCAACAAAGGAACACCUCUCAGGCCGGGUGUCCCUCCGAUGGAUAUUUAUCUUUUCGGCCUACUAGACGAAGACGCGAAGAAAACCCUCCCAGGCAACUUUGAAAGGCACUGGGGAAUUUUUUCUUUUGAUGGGCAGGCUAAGUACGAACUGAAUCUUGGUCUAGGUGGCGGCUUGUUAAAGAACGCCAAGGAUGUUGAGUACCUUCCGGCUAGAUGGUGCAUUGCAAACCCAUUGAAGGAUUUAUCAAGUGUGGCAAACCAUCUUAAACUAGCUUGUAGUGCUGCUGAUUGUACUACACUAAGCUACGGAGGUUCAUGCAAUGAAAUCGGGGAAAAGGGUAAUAUCUCUUACAUGUUCAAUAGCUACUAUCAAAAGCAGAAACAAGACGUAAAAAGUUGCGAUUUUGAUGGACUUGGUAUGGUCACUUUUUUGGAUCCUUCAGUCGGAGAAUGUCGAUUUCUUGUUGGUAUCACAGACUCUGGUUCUUCUUUUGGUCAUGCAUUGUUUGGUAGAUGGCUUUUUAUCUGGACAUUAAUCUUUUCAGGGAGCAUUUUGAUUCUUCUACUCUAGGUUUUCCAUAGGACUAGUUUUAGAGUAGGGUCUUCUUUUUUGCUUUCAUACGAGUGCUCGUACGAUCGGAAAUGUUUAGCAUACUCGUGGACGAAUACAAGUGUAUUCAUUUAGGCCGCUGUAGUUUCUCAAGGUGGAAGUUACUUAUACUACCAAGUGCUAUACAUAACAUUAUGCCGGCUCUCAUUUUUCACUACUAAAUAUUAUUUUUUUGAUUACUUUAGAGUUUAGACCUAAAAUUACUACACCGAACACACCCUGUAUGCCUGGUUGUGCAUAGAAAAUCGAAAUCAGCCAAAGAAUUCAACCUAACAUGUAGGUGGAGAAUAAGAUUUUUCUUCCAAAGGUUUUCCAUGCAAGAUAUGAAUAAUCUAGUAUGAAUUUACUCCACAAUGUGAAUCAACAUUUACAAUUCCCUCUUCCACUCCACUCUUAUAUUUCAUUCUAUUUCACUCCACUCAUAUACUCUUAUAUUUCAUUCCACUCCACUUUUAAAAAAUUUUAAAAAUAAAAAAUUUAAAAUUUAAAAAUUAAAAUUAAAAUUUUUAAAACUAAAAAUUUUAAAUUUUAAAUUUAAAAAUUUAAAAUUUAAA